UUUUAGUUAUUUGGGUAUAUAAUUAUAAAUAGGUCAUGAGGAGAUAAUAUAAAUGGUAGGAACCAGGACCUUUUAAUUGCUUGCUUCUAUUUCAUUGCAUAUAUGUACAUAUAAUUACGGAAUCUUCGCUAAUCUCUCUCUUCUUCUCCGAGUCUUUCUCACCCAUGACUCGCUUCUGAUCUCUCAUUACCAGUCGAUUUUAUUCCUGCAGUGCUCCUUCCCAGGAUUUUCCUUCUGUUCCACUGAAGACAUUAGCGCACAUUGUAAGGGUUCAAGUAGAAAAAACAGGCGCAGAAAAAGAAAAAAGAUAAGGAGAUAGCAACAAACAAAGCAAAUCAAAGCAGGGAAGAAUAUACAUUUCUGAAAAAGAGUUACAAAAAAAAAAAAAAAAAAAACAGACGAGAUGGGUUUCUGGACAUUGUUUGAGGUGGCAUCUAUGCCAAUUUUACAAGUUCUACUAAUCAGUAUUUUGGGAGCUCUCAUGGCAACUAAUUACUGUAAUCUUCUUACUACGGAUGCUAGAAGAUCCUUAAACAAGAUUGUGUUCAUGGUGUUUACACCUUCUCUUAUGUUUGCUUGUCUGGCAAAAACUGUGACACUCCAGGACAUCAUCUCAUGGUGGUUUAUGCCUGUUAAUAUUGGAAUCACCUUCUUGAUUGGAGGGAUUCUUGGGUGGAUAGUGGUUAAGAUUCUGAAACCUCAGCCUCAUCUUGAAGGGCUUGUUAUUGCUACGUGUUCAACAGGAAACUUGGGAAAUCUUCUCCUGAUAGUUGUACCUGCAAUCUGUAAUGAGGAUGGAAGUCCAUUUGAUAGUGCCACUUGCAGCUCUCUUGGACUCUCAUAUGCAUCUUUCUCUAUGGCGCUUGGUGGUUUGUACAUCUGGACUUACACUUACCAUCUGAUACGGUCUUCAGCUGUGAAAUUGGAAGCAAUCAAAGCAGCUGAUGAGGUUUCAAAAGCACCCAACAACGAUUUGGAGGCUAGUCAGGAAACUCACCUUCUCAAGGAAGAAGAUCAAGAGCAUGUUGCAACAACUGUGGCAUCAACCAAGUCCAUUGGUGAUGAUACAGAAAGCCAAGCUAUUGUUUCCCAAGCAUCUCUCCAUGAACAUGGAAAAGAGGCAUCAUUCUGGAGGAAAUUGGUAGGAUUUCUUCAUCAGAUUGUGGAGGAGCUCUUGGCACCCCCAACAAUUGCUGCAAUUUUCGGAUUCAUCUUCGGAGCAGUAGCAUUCCUGAGAAAGCUGAUAAUUGGUGACAGUGCUCCCUUGCAUGUGCUCCAAGACGCCGUCACAUUACUUGGGGAAGGAACAAUUCCUUGUAUCACGCUUAUACUUGGAGGCAACCUCAUUCAAGGUUUAAAAUCAUCAAGAAUCAAGCCCUGGAUCAUAGUUGUUACGAUUUUUGUUCGUUAUGGGAUACUUCCUGCAAUUGGUAUUUGGGUUGUUAAAGCAGCUGGGAGACUUGGCUUUCUUCCAUCGGACCCUCUCUACCACUAUGUGCUGAUGAUUCAAUAUACCCUGCCACCUGCCAUGAACAUUGGUACUAUGACCCAGCUCUUUAAUGUGGGUCAAGAAGAGUGUUCAGUCCUCUUCCUGUGGACAUACUUGGUUGCAGCCCUAGCACUAACUGUCUGGUCAACAGUUUUCAUGUGGAUUUUGUCUUAAGCAAACUAAUUAAAAACCACUAUAAGCAUAGAACGAUUAUUAUAGAAUAGAAAAAGCCUAGAAAAUUCCUAUUAAUUGGGAUUUUCUUUUUAUUUUUUA